CGGAUAGCAACAGUUCCGUUUGAGUUUUGAAGUUUAUCACAAGUGAAUUCUCAUCGAUAUCAUGGCAUCCUUUGCCUGUGUACUCGUAGUUCUGAGCAGCCUGGCGGUACUCAAUAGUGCAUGGCCUGCUGAUCAGCCUCAACCACAGCUGGUUGAAGUUGUUCAAUUGAAGGAUAUUGCGGAAGUACCGGUGCAGCAAGAAUCGACCGAUCGAGUUAAGCGGCAAUUUGGUGGCCUCCAAGGUCUACUUGGAGGACUCGGAGGAUUAGGUCUUGGUGGUCAUAGACAAGGUGGAUAUGGCCAGGGUGCAUAUGGUCAUGGUGGAUAUGGUCAAGGUGGAUAUGGUCAAGGUGGAUAUGGCCAUGGUGGGUAUGGUCAUGGUGGAUAUGGACACGGUGGAUAUGAGCAAGGACACGGACAUGGCCAUGGGCACGGACAUGGGUAUGAGCAUGGACACGGACACGGACAUGAGCAUGGGCAUGGACAUGGACAUGGCCACGGACACGGGCAUGGGUAUGAGCAUGAGCAUGAGCAUGGGCAUGGACACGGACAUGGUCACGGCCAUGGUCACUUUUAAAUUAGGUUAACUGUGAUAAAUUGUACAAAAUAUGUAGUUGAAAUUAGCUUAAGUAUUCAAACAUAAAUUAUAUCAAAAGACUUUGAAACACUUUUUGUUGUUUUAUACUAAAUAUCAAUACUUUUUUUAAAUUUAUGAAAGUAUAAAAGUAUAAAUAAAUUUAUAUUAUUCAUUUAUAAAUAA